CAUCAACUAAAGAGAGACAGAAACUCCAGUAAGCAAACGCAAAAAAUAGUGUUGCCAUUUUUAAUUGGUAAUUACAUCAGUAACAACAUUGUUUUGUAUUGUUAUUACCUUAAUAAAUACAUCUAAUAAAAAAUAACAAAUAUCUGAAAAAUAUAAAUAAUUUAAUAAAAGCAGAGAUUUGAACGUAAACUUUGCAAGAUGUUGCUGACUGAACUACCUGAUGUUGUCUUUGAAACGAUUUUGUCCAACUUGUCAUACGAUGAAAUCGCCAAGAAUCGUUUGGUUUGCAAACAUUUUGAUCAAACGUGCCAAAAACUACUGAACCGUGGAUUCCAGUCAAUGGAACGGUAUCAUACGCAAUGUCUCCGUGAAGUUAAGAGUCAGUUGCCAAGACGUGAGUCCGAAAGACGUAAUCACUCAUUGGCUAGACAUUGUGAUGUUUUGACAGCCAUUGAAACACGUAUAUCAAUGUUGUCAAUGACAUUUAUGAAAUAUAUUAAUCAAAACCUUUGUUGUUUUAUUCCUGGCAAGGUGAUUGAUGAAAUAUUUCGAAUUCUACACUUGGUAAAAGACUCCAACAGUUUGCCACGAGCUCAUGAAAUUCUACAGGAACUAAGAGACAUCAGCAGCAUGGCAAUGGAACAUUUUGAUGAAAAAAUUAUGCCGGCCUUCAAAUCACGAAUGAGUUCAUCGAGUAUGAGCAGCGUCAACAGCUACGAUUUACCAGGUGGCAGCUUGAUGAUACCGUACAGUCCAAGUUCAGCACACAACUCCGGUCGUAACCCUUCGAUUAUAUUGAACCGGUACCACCCCCACACUGCCGACAAAUUGGAGCAGCAGUUCAAAAAAUUAGUUUGCAAAACGCGAAAAAAUAAACUAUCUUUCAUGGCAAUAAGAAGUAAAUUAAGCAAAAUGCGUUUACGUAUGAAACGUCAGGGCGCGCAGAUGCGCUUGCAGAGUAACAAAUUACACGAGCAAGCUAAGAAAUUAAAUGAUCAAGAAUUACAGAUCGCUGAUUUACGCAGACAUUUUGAAGAGUGGGAACAAAAAAUGGGUGAUUUGACGGCUGAGCUGAGCCGAGCACGUGAUGAAUCUCUCACAGCAGACAGUAUUAAACGCCGCAUAAACGUUCAAAAAGAUUCUUGUGAUAACACGAAGCCUAAUCCGAAGAAACGUAAACUCAUCGUUGAACGCAAAUCUUCAUGUGAUGCUACUGACAUUAAAUUUAAAAAGUUUAUGUCCGAGCUACUGAGUGAAUCUCGAAAAGACUAGUAGAUUUAAGGUUUUUAUUUAAAUCGUUUAAAUAAAAUUAUAAAGUUUAUUUUCAUUUAGAUAUAGAAGUACGUGAAAAAAAUAAGCAUUCAACUUUUAAUUUAUUAUUUUUCCAUUACCCGAGUUAUUAUUUUAUGCUUUGUAAUAUCUACUAAUAUUAAAAAGCAAUUUUUUUUUAAUUAUUAAAAUUAAUUACCAUUACACGCAAAAAAAUUGGAUGCUUAAUUAAAUCUCCGUUUGAAUGAAAAUUUAUUUUCACGAUCUUGUUCAUGAAUAACAUGAACUUGUAAGUUUACACCCGUGAAAAUAAAUUAAAAAACAACCAUCGAGUUGAAAAGAUUGUUUCACUGUAUUAAUUAUAAAAUUAGUUAUCAAAAAAAAAUUUAAGUACAUAUCGGAAGUAUACAAAUGUACUCGAUGCUCACACGCGUUAAUUAACGCGUCUUCUUUGAUGUUGUGUUUAAUCGAAUAUUUUUUAAAUCGACAUACAAAUUUUUCAGCAUCUCAUCGGUCAACCUAGUUUCGCGAACGCAAAGUUCAUCGGACUUUUUACCAUCUAUUUGAUUGAUGUGAUUGACCCGCGAGAGAUAACUCGUUGGGUCUUUUUUAUCUAAAAAAAAAAGCACAAAGCGAAAUCAAUCAUAUUUCGUAGACCAGCUCACAAAAAAUAUAUACACAAAUAAAUAUAUAUAUUUAUCUACAACAAAACUCACCCAGCGUUUGUCUGCUUAGCAAUGAAUCAUAAAAAAAUUCAUCGUCUAGCUUUAAUCUCAAUAGAAAUUCAUCUUUUAAAUCUGUAGUUUUUCCCAAAUAAUUUUUAAUAAACUUUGAGUUUUUAUUACAAUACUUGGCGCUUAUUUUACGCAUCUCUCUGUUUAAUUCGCGGUUUAUUUUAUUUAUCUGCUUACUGCGCAUUUUACUUAAAUAUUUCCCAACUUUUUCAAACCUCUUAAUCAAUUUUUUUUUCUGCUCAUAAUUGUUUGUCUCAAUCACUUUGUUUACCAACUCCUGACGUGCAUCCAUCACCGAUUGCAGCUCCUGAAUAUCAGUAAAAAUAUACACUUACAUUCAACGAGCAAUAUUCAAAUAAAUAAAAAAAAAUAAACGAAUUGAAGAAUAACAACUGAUUACUUUGUCAUGGAACGUCCAUUCUUCUCUAUCAAUCAUAGUAAUUAUAGCUUUGUGUGUUUGUACAUUGACCUUACAAUCAAGCGGAGGUAAUAAAGACUCCAAUGAUUUUUUUA